GCGACGCUCCUUCUGUCGCCAUGGUGACGGGGUUGUGCCCGGGGAGGCUGUGAUGGGUUGACAGGUGCGUGACAGUCGGAGCUCUCUGCAAGCAUGUACGCCAAAGGCAAGAGUAACAACGUACCGUCCGACAGCCAAGCCAGAGAAAAAUUAGCCCUCUAUGUGUACGAAUACCUGCUGCAUGUAGGAGCCCAGAAGUCUGCACAGACCUUCCUGUCGGAGAUACGAUGGGAGAAGAACAUCACACUGGGGGAACCUCCUGGGUUCCUGCACUCCUGGUGGUGUGUGUUCUGGGACCUGUACUGUGCGGCACCCGAGAGGAGAGAGACGUGCGAGCACUCCAGCGAGGCCAAGGCCUUUCACGACUAUAGCGCAGCCGCCGCCCCCAGCCCGGUGCUCGGGAACAUCCCCCCGGGAGACGGCAUGCCGGUGGGACCCGUUCCUCCAGGAUUCUUCCAGCCAUUUAUGUCACCUCGUUACCCUGGCGGCCCAAGACCUCCCCUCAGAAUACCCAAUCAGGGUAUGGGGGGACUUCCUGGAAACCAGCCCUUACUGCCCAGUGGAAUGGACCCUACAAGACAGCAAGGUCAUCCGAAUAUGGGCGGAGCUAUGCAGCGAAUGACCCCUCCCAGGGGCAUGGUUCCUCUCGGUCCUCAGAGCUACGGAGGAGGAAUGAGACCACCCCUCAAUGCAUUGGGGGGCCCGGGAAUGCCUGGAAUGAACAUGGGUCCCGGAGGCAGACCCUGGCCAAACCCCCCUAACAACAACUCUAUCCCCCCCUACACCUCAGCAUCUCCAGGAAGUUAUGCGGGUCCACCCGGGGGAGGUGGCCCGCCCGGAACUCCCAUAAUGCCCAGCCCAGCAGACUCUACAAACUCUGGUGAAAACAUGUACACUAUGAUCAAUGCAGUACCACCAGGAUCAAACCGGUCCAACUUCCCAAUGGGCCCCGGAGCAGACGGACCCAUGGGGGGUAUGGCAGGGAUGGAGCCACACCACAUGAAUGGGUCACUAGGUUCGGGCGACAUGGACAGCAUCUCCAAGAACUCUCCUGGCAACAUGAGCAUGAGCAACCAGCCAGGCACCCCACGGGAUGAUGGAGAGCUGGGCGGGAGCUUCCUCAACCCCUUUCAGAACGAAAGCUAUUCUCCAAACAUGACCAUGAGUGUGUGAUGACCUCUGAUAGCAUCUCCUGGAGUGAACUUUGGAACAAGGAACGUGCUUCAGUCCGCUGUAACUGGCCUUCAUCGAUUAGUGGAGAAAGUGGGUCCAAGCCUCUCUUUCCUUGGUUCUGUUUGCUGUUUUGUCACUGUUUGAUUUAACCACCCCUUUAAUACUCAAAGACUGAAACAAACCCCCAGGAAGCAAAAGACAGCAGACUGAAAAGUCAACCACUCAAUGUUUUACUUGUAUUUUCUACUUUCUAUUUGUGUAUAUAUGUGGCUGUAUAGUCACUGCUCCAUGUGCAUGUAUAUACACACAGAAGUGUAACCCUUGGACUGAGAAAAAUCUGAAAAGCUUUCACAAGUAACGAUGGGGUUUUUUUUUUAAUUUUAGGCUUGGUCGUCUUGUCUUUAUUUGUUUCACUUUUUUAUUUCUAUUUUUGAAUCCUCCAAAGUUUGUUCUCAUGUGUAUAAUGGUGGGUAAUGAGAACAUUUGCGGAAUGAGAAGGUUUGAAGGUUUUCAGCUAAUGAAAUAAUGAACAGAACCAUGAGAAGGAUGCGGUGCAUUAAGUGGAUGAACGGCGUGUUAUAAGUUUGUAUAAACACUCCAAAUUUCUCCAAAACAUAAUCAGAAAGUGGGGUUGUAUCAUUUGUUGAUUUGAAAUUAAAUGUAUAUUAUUAUGUAUUAUGUUUAUAAAGCAGAGGUAAAAAGAGAGAAAGCAAUUGCUUAGAUUUAGUAAAAUAAAAAAAAUGUAAAGGCAAUGUUUUGUUUAAUUUUUAUGUACUGUACCGUAUCCAGAUAAUGUUUGUUUGUUUGUUUUGAGUGUGCAAUCUAGAAGCAUGUUUCAAUGAUUUCAGAAGCAUCAGUUUUCCAAGUGUCCCCCUGGAUUCUUACGGCCCUCAGCUAGAUCUGGCCUUGCCCAGGGACCCCGCGAUGCCCCACGAGUGACACAGCUCCUCUCUCAGCUGCAUCCACUCAGACUUCUCACUACCCCUUUCCAAAUUUUAAGCACCACACUAUCAAACUGAACCUAGGGACAAGUUCAAAUGUGCGUACUCCAUCUGUUUAAAACAUAGGGUUUCCUUUCACUCCAAAGGCUGUAUGAAUGCAUAGGUAAGAAAUUCAAGAUGAACACAUUUUGCUGUGUAACUUAAUUUUGAGAGAUCAGUUGAGUACAAUACACUUUUAUCUGGGGGAACAUGACAGGAAGAGUCUAAACAGCAGGCUUAAAACGCCCUCACUCAUGUACUAAAGGGGUCGUUUUAAAGGAGAAAUGCUCUGAAUUAGAUCCUUAAAGUCGCAUCCUAUAGCUGGCCUUGCUUUAACGGCAACACAUUCCUGUAUUUUGCUUAUUUAUUUUUUUCCCCAAACAUUGCUUAUGUGAUUUUAGUAAAAACUUUUUUUUUAUUACAGUAAAAGCCCUGUAAAUUGUGUAUAUUUUAAUUAAACUAACGCAGGCAGUCCUCAGACUUACAUGACAUGAUACAGUCUAAAUGAUGUAUGCUAUCUAAUUUUUCAACAAAAAAAAAAACAACAAACAGAAAAUGCGAAACAUGCUUAAUUGACUGUUUGUGAUUUAAGGAGGGUUAUACUCUGUGGCGGUGUUUUGCACAGAGAAAUACAUGGUACGAUUAUAUUUAAAUAGUUCAGUGUGUUUGACCGGAAGCAUCAAAACCAAGAGCUGAGAAAAGUCCUUUUUAAAAACAUAUAUCUUAUGUUUGGAUUGCAUUCAUGCAUUCUGUUUUGUAAUAUAAGUUUUAUCAAAUAAAUGCUGGUUAUUUUGAAUAGUUUUGUUCAGCAAUGAUACAUUGUUCUUUUAUAUACUGUAGCUAGCCAGCCCCAAAAGCAGAUAAUUGUUAGGUCUUGAAAUGCCUUCACUUGGGUAUAGUAAAGUAAUGUAAGUAAAUUGACUUACUAUUCAUUGGUUAUUCAAUGUUAUAUAUUUUCAUUAAAAUCUUAACAGGAAGCAUUUUUAACAAUGAGUAUUUGUUUGAAGCUAAACAAUGCAACGUUUGUAGUUGUCAUUUAUAUUGGGCUGUUGUAUGACACUAUGCUAUUUUAGUUUUCCCGCGGAAACAGACUAAUAACAUUUCAUCUGCUCACUUACUGCAUUGCGUUUGAAAAUUCAAAUAUUCUAAAAGGUAAAAAUGGAUGACGUGGGAGGCACUCUCAAUUAUGAGAAUUUGGUUGAUUAGUAAGGACAUGAUGUAUAUUACGGAGUGCCAUAAGUACAGUUGCUGUAAUACAAGCUACUGUAAGUUGAGGACUGCCUUUGACUUAUACCUGUUCAUAAAGAUUUUAAUGAAAUUGUUUUCCUAUGUAUGUUAAACAAUGCUGUGCUUCUUCGAAUUCUGUACUACUGUAGCUGUAUUUGUUUCAGUCAAAGGAAUAUGUACUGACAGUUAUGGUCACGGGAAAUCAAGUAACAUAAGUAGUGUUGUAUUGUAAAAAAGAAAAAAGAAAAAAAACUGCCUUUUUCAAGGUCACAUCUCAUCAUAGGAAACAUGACAAUCAUUUAAAUAGCUUUGUUUUCAUGAUAGACCUGUGGCAGGCUUCACCUGAAAGGGUAACAACACUGACGUCAUAGUGAACAAAAAUUCUAAAAAAUUUAAUUUCUAAGCACUUGUGGUAAAACUGUUUUGAUUUAAUUUGGUCACUGAUUCAAUAUAUUAGAUUAACAAAGAAAAAUUAAGUCAAAAUGGGGCAUCUCAUUGGUGGAAAAACAUUGAGUUGUCGAGAGGAGGCCGUUGUGGUUAUUUAGGUCACACAUGGAAAAGGGAAGGGGGCUAACCAGAACUGAAAACUGCAAUACAUUUUCAUUCAGUCCUAAUAGUUGCAUCACCCGGACAAACUGUGAUAUAUUUUUUUUCUUUUGCUUAUAUAAUUGGAGGAGAUGGGGGUAGGGUAGAAUGGAAUUAAGGCUUUGUUCUGUUUUCUUACCUUAAUUCACUGCCCAUUGUUCUUACAAUGAUAAUUGUAAUUAUGAAUCAUCAUUAUGAAAAUGCUUGAGUUUUGUGAAUUGUAUUGUCCUCUCUGAUCUUUUUAUGCAGCAGUUGUCAUUUUUUAGCUUUGAAAUUCAUCUGUGUUUUUGUGAAUUAUUUAAUAAGUAUCUUAAAAAACGGAGAUGUUUGCUUUUUUAGCAUUACUACCAUUGUAAUAGUAUCUACUUUUUUACGUCAAAUUUUGUGUGGUGGAGUUACGAGAGAGACUUUUGUAAAUUUACUCGCCAUCGUUUUCAUUUUAGUUUUUUAGUUUUUUUUUUGUUUUUUUUUAGCCAUUUGUGAUGUGUUUAAUUUUAACCUUGUGUUGAGUUUUUGUAAAUACAUCGAGAAGUACGAUAUGGGUUUUGAAUAUACUGAUAUAAAGCUUCUCUUCCCUCCUAAA